ACCGUAGCUAAUACAAUGAUUGUGGGUGCUCAGUCGGUCAUUUACUGUCGUCCAAACCUACCGGGAUCCUGCCAGUGGAACCAGGACUACUUACGAUGCAGGUGACGCAGGUCCUCCUCAGCAUAUACGCGUGCGCAUUGGUGGCCGCGGUCCCUGCGCCGGAGUUGACGGACGCGCAGCUUGAUCAGAUCCUGUACAACCCGACCACCAUCAAGAUGUACAUCAAGUGCGCCACUAACGAGGGCCCUUGUGAUGUUGUUGGAAAGAGAAUGAGAACGCUCGCCCCGUUGGUGCUCCGCGGCGCAUGCCCUCAGUGUUCAGCGAGGGAGACGCGCCAGAUCCGACGCACGCUCGCGUUCAUCCAGCGCAACUACCCCUGGGAGUGGGCCAAGAUCAUGAAACUAUCGCUUUUAGUUGUGGCGAGCGUGCUGGCAUGCGUGUGUGCGCAAGCGCGGCCGCCGGUUUCCGACACCGCGCUUGAAGAUGCGCUGAACGACAAGCGCUUCAUCCAGCGGCAGCUCAAGUGCGCGCUCGGCGAGGCGCCCUGCGACCCCGUCGGGAAGAGGCUCAAAACGCUGGCCCCGCUGGUGCUGCGCGGCGCCUGUCCGCAGUGCACGCCGCAGGAGACCAAGCAGAUCCAGCGCACGCUGUCCUACGUGCAGCGCAACUUCCCCGCGGAGUGGGCCAAGAUCGUGCGCCAAUAUGCCGGCUGAACGCUUAAGGAUUUAAUUUAGUUCUUAGAGCGCCGUCGGCAUUGGCUAUCAAUUUAUAUAAAUUAGGUCCAUAAAUCCGGUCACUCGAAUACAUACAUGGAUUAUUACAUCUGAAAUGACGCACCGGUAUCUCUAUGGUCACCGAAUAUUGCAUAAGCAUGGAACCUGGUGACUAUAGACAUUCUGCCCAUUAGGUAUGGUGCUUAUUUUCAGUCCCGUCCAGUCCAUGCAGUCCAUUUUGGAUGCGACUAGGUAUAUAUCUUUGAGGACACUUUCUUCUGAAAGGAACAGGAAGAGGUGCCUAUAAGUUGUUGCCCUAACACAGACUGUAAAGCUGCGGUUUACAACUACUUUUAUUACCUAGGUACAUAUACAUUUAAUUCAAUAACAAUAAAAUAAUUAAUAAAAUAAGAAUUAAAAAAUAAAGCAGAGUCAGACCAAGAUAAGUUGGCAGCGAUCUUGACAGCCCAGAACGUGCAAGUGUUAUUUUAAACUUCAAACAUCUAUGAAAUUAUGACGUUUACUUAACCCUUGCACAAGCUGAGCUACUCGUACCUAUCAAAAUCGCUGCCAACUUAGCUUGGUCUUACUCUACACAAAUAUUUUUUGUCGACUGUAAUAUUAGUAAUAAUAGAUGCUGCUUAAAUCAUCUGUAAAGAUGUACAUACUACAUAAGGCCUGACGAUGAUAAUGAUGAUGAAUAGUAAUUUUAUUGUACCUGUGGCAUUACAUUUAACGGCUUGUAACAUGCUUGCAGUGUUGCCAGGUGAGCGGGAGAGAAUUAUCGUAUUUGAUUGCCAAAAUUAUCGUACCGAUGAAAAAAAAAAUCGUAGGUACGUCUAUCAAAAAGGCACUGCUCCUAAAAUUUCUUUCAAAGACGCAAUUUUCGUCUAAAUUACGCAAAAAUCAGUUAUAUUUGUGUAUUUUUGUGUUAGAUCCAAACAGUUUACAGGUAAUUUAGACAUUUUUGACGUAAACCAAGAAGCCGAACACCCCAAAAAGGUGCUAAUUGUAGCCUAUUUCUGAAGGAAUGUGUCAUAUUUUAGUUCAAAAACUAGACUUUUUGGGUGGCAUCGCACAAGGACUGAAAUUAUCGUACUUUUUUGUAUGAUAAUGCUCCUUGGAACGUACAUCGUAUCGGAACCCAAAUUAUCGUAGGUGUACGGUGAUUAUCGUACGCCUGGCAACACUGCAUGCUUGUAACGGUCACAUACUGCCAACUUGAAGCGAGCAAACCCUUAAAGUACCUACGUAAAAGCUAUAAGUCCCCACUAAACAACUAGAAAUUAUUAUUAAAAUUCUAAAGGCGCCCAAAGUACCAAAUAUGUCACAAAACAGAUGUUGCCAACGUAAGCCGACGCAUUACAAAAACUCAUCAGAUCUCAUGAUCUGUAUAUAUUUUUAUACAAUGUGACUAUUUAUUUUGUAAGUAAAUUUAAUUAUUAAGUUAGUGUUUAAAUAUGUGUAUAAAUCUUAGCAGGUAAGACUGCUACAGCAAUAACACUUGGCAAGGUGCGAAGUCGGUGGAGGGAGGAGUGGCGCUGAUUGUCACAACACACGUAAUCUUAUGGAAUGCUAAGCAUUAAUGCUAGCGGCAGAAAUUGGAACUAUUUUUACUCCAUAAAGGGGCCCACUGAUUACCAGUUCGCCGGACAAUAUCAGCCUGUCAGUUAUUCGCAAAAGCUGACAAUCGCGAAUAACUGACAGGCCGAUAUCGUCCGGCGAACUGGUAAUCAGUGGGCCUCUUAAUUUAGAUUUAACGCAGGAAAACCUUUAAAAUGAUGGCACCUAGCGAAUAGUACCAGUACUAUAAUUGUUAUUAUUUACAUAGCUAUUUAUACAUCUUGUUACUCUGAAAUAAAAAUAAACCGAUUUUAUAUUAAAAUAUAAAAAAAUACUUCAAACAUCAUAAAAAUUACCAAAGUAACAAAAAAUAUUGCGUAUGAACUCAAGUAGUGUGUUAAGUAAUUAUUAAAUUAUUUGAAUUAGUGUACAUUAUUUCCAAUAUUGAAUUAAAGAUAGGUCAAUUGUUUUUA